GUUUAGCGGCCCUCAGCUGGAGGGGAAGUGGCUGGAGAGGGCGAGCGGCGGGCUGGGAGGCGGGAGGUUGGCGUCGCUGCUGCCACCGCCAUGACGUUCAAGCGGAGCCGAGACCGCUUCUACAGUACCCGUUGCUGCGGCUGCUGCCAUGUGCGGACGGGCACCAUCAUCCUGGGUACCUGGUACAUGGUGGUGAACUUGCUGAUGGGCAUCUUGUUGACAGUAGAAGUGACUCAUCCAAAUAUAGUGCCAACUGUUGAUAUCCAGUAUGAAGUCAUCGGCAAUUACUAUGCUUCUGAGAGAAUGGCUGAAAAUGCCUGUGUUCUGUUUGCUAUCUCCCUUCUCAUGUUCACGAUCAGUGCAAUGAUGGUGUAUGGUGCAAUUGCUCAUCGUGUGGGCUGGUUGAUCCCAUUUUUCUGUUAUCAGCUCUUUGACUUUGUGCUCAGUUGUCUGGUUGCCAUCAGUUCUCUAACCUACUUGCCCAGAAUCAAGGAUUACCUGGAUCAGUUGCCGGAUUUCCCUUACAAAGAUGAUCUCCUUGCCUUGGACUCCAGCUGUCUUUUGUUUAUUGUUCUGGUGUUCUUUGCUUUAUUUAUCAUUCUAAAGGCAUAUCUUAUUAACUGUGUAUGGAACUGCUAUAAAUACAUCAGUAACAGAAAUUUGCCAGAGAUAGCUGUGUACCCUGCUUUUGAAGCUCCUCCACAGUAUGUUCUGCCAACAUAUGAAAUGGCAGUGAAGAUGCCUGAGAAGGAACCUCCACCUCCCUACAUACCUGCCUGAAGCAAUUUUUAUGUUGAUUAACAUCUGUACCAGCUUCCUGGGGGUUUUGUCUUUUAAUCUUGCAAAACUGCUUAAGUAAUAAAAAUAUUCAGGGCUUUAGGAGCAAACUGUUCUGUUUAAAAUGUUUGAUAUAAACUUACUAAGCAAAACACAUCUGGGAGUGAUUUCGUUUGCUUUAAUUUUUGUUCUCCUUAAUGCUCUAAAACAUUUUAUUGCCUUAGGGCCUUGUACUGCAAGAACUUAUGCAUGUGACUAACUUGUGGCUUUUAAUAAUAACUACUGAGCCAAUCUAUGAUUGAAGUUAGCUACAAUUAUAAGUGUCUGCAGGAUCGUGCCCUUAAUUUAUAUUAAUUUUUUUGUAAAGUAGUUCAUAAAGACAAUCUGAUCAUGCAGCAAAAUGAUGGUUUGCCUUUAUCCAUUUUUUGGAGGGGGAGGGGGUUUGAAUGUGGUAUAUACGUGACUUUUUUUUUACUUUGCACUUUUCUCAUGUUAUCUUACCUUUUAUUGUGUUUUUUUGGUUAUCCUAUGUCUUGAAACAUAAGUUUCAAGAACUGAGGGUGGCACAGGUGUUCUAUUACAAUGUGCUGCAAAUGCAAGAAAAGUAAAUAGAAAUGUGGAAGAUGGUUGCAUGCUUCUAAUCUUAAAUGUAUUUUCUUCUUUGUGAUAAAUGAUACUUAAAUAAAUCUUUUACGAAAUGUUUACUAGUA